GUGCAAAAACGGUUUAGACGUGAAUUCGAUGCGCACUAUGGACACAUCGAUCAGAAGAAAGUCGCUUUACCUGUCUAGAAGAUGCGCUAUACAUAGAAAUUUCCUCUACCCGCAUUUGGCUAUUGUCUUGUUCUUCUUACUUGUUCUAGCGUUGCAAAGUUAUUGAGUUGUAGUACUUCUUGGGUUUAUUGGAUUUUCCUUCGACUUGUGAUGCUAAAUGAUUUGCUUAUGAUGUCAUUUGUUCUUCUCUGUAUUUUCGGGUUGCAUAAUUUUUUCGGAUUUUCCAUGCACGACGCUGACGGUCUUUUGUCCACCGACACAGAACCGGGAGAUCCCCAAUCUUGUCCACCUCCUAACACCUAAGCUUACCGACACAGAACCGGGAGAUCCCCAAUCUUGUCCACCUCCUAACACCUAAGUCCUCGCAAGCAUUUGUUGAGAUCCUCCCUUGUGAUUAGGGAGGAACUUUCCCUUCUCCGCUGUAAUCCCGGCAACACAACUAUCCCAACUCAAUCUUGAACUGUGUGACAGCCACGACCCAUGAUGUGAUACAACGUGGUCAAGAAUGAAAGAAUCAUGUGGUAU